CUCUCUCUCUCUCUCUCUCUCUCUUGGUCGGCCCAUUAAUUACGAAACAGCCACUGCUGCCACCCAAUGCUCCCCAUGCACUAUCCCCGGCCAGAUAUUAACCCGAAAACGCGCCUCCCACCACCACCACCACCACCGUAAGUUUCCUCCCGUAUAAAUGCCGCCGCACCCAUCGGAGCUCUCCGCCCCGCCUCCUUCCAAGCCCUCCGCCGCCGCCUCCUCCAUGGGGGCCCCCUCCUAUUCUUUACAUCUCAUCGGCGACUACAUCGGCGUGGAGAGCUGCGUCGUCGACUACGAGGAGCCGCCCGAUCCCGGCGCCCCCGCCGAGGCGGGCGGCGGCGGCGAUUCCCUCCUCCGGGCCGAGCCCGAGCGCGGUCGGAGGCGGCGGCGGGAGCCGAAGGGGCGGAGGAGGGAGUAUCCGCCGCCGAUCCCGCUGCUGGCGCGCACGGGGAACCUGCACUCGCACAUGCCGUGGGUCCUGAGGCGGCACUACACCAGCGACGGCCGGCUGGUCCUGACGGAGGAGAAGGUGCGGCACCACGAGUACUUCCGCGCCCGCCGUGCCAACGGCCGACUCACGCUCCAGCUCGUCCCCCUCGACGGCGACGCCCCUUACCUCCCGACGAUCGCGGACGACGACAACGACGAGGAAGAGGAGGAGGAGGAGGAGGUUUUGAAUCCCGAGGCUGCUGGGAUAACAAUCGCCGGCGAUCUCGACAAUCGCGACGGCGGCGGCGGCGACGACGACGAUUGCCAGGGCGAGGCCGGCGAUCGCGGAGGCGGCGGCGAGGAGGAGGAGGAGGAGGAGGAGGAUCGCGCGAAGCUGGCGUCGUCGAUCGCGGAGCUGACGGUGGAGAGCGGCGGCGGCGGAAUGGGAGGGGGCAACGGGGCGGGGAAGUGCUCGAACUACACCGGCAUUAGCGUGAGCCCGAGCUCUUCCUGCAUAUUCGGAGUGCCGGUGCCGGUGCCGGCUCUCCGGCCGGUGCAUAGCUAGGAGUCCCGGGAAACAACAUCCCCCCCCGCCCAUCAUCGCAAGCUCCCAUGGAUGGACGGACGGACGGAUGGAUGCAGGAAUCCGAGUGAGUUAGGGAAGAGGAGGUUGGUGCAAUCUAGGGUUACAGUAACAGGUGAGUCCCAGAAGAAGCAUUAGGCCAUUGUUCUCUCUCCUUCGGCUUUUCAAUUUUUGAUUUCGACCCAUUCAC